AUGUUGCUAGAAAUAAUUCAUAUAAAUAAAUAUCCAACAGAAACUCAUAACGUUAUAACUAAAGAUGGUUAUAUUUUGACGUUAUUUAGAAUUCCACACGGUAUUAAAAAUCGUACAAGAAAUGGACGUCCUGUUUUAUUAAUGCACGGGAUAAUACAAAGUGCAGCAGAUUUUGUUGUUAUGGGAUCAAAUAAAUCGAUAGCUUUUAUAUUAGCCGAAAAUGGGUAUGAUGUUUGGUUGGGAAACGCUCGAGGAAAUCUUUAUUCGCGAAAUCAUACUGAUUUAUCCGCGAAAAAUAAAGAAUUUUGGAAAUUUAGUUGGCACGAAAUUGGAUUAUUCGAUUUACCGGCUAUGAUUAAUUAUAUUUUAGAUAAAACUGGUUAUGCUAAAUUACAUUAUAUGGGGCAUUCACAAGGAUGUACUACUUUAUUGGUGUUGUUAUCGAGUAAACCGAAAUAUAACGAAAAGAUUAAUUUAGGGGUGAUGUUAGCUCCUUGCUCUUUUAUGACAAACAUUAUAAAUCCGUUUAUUUAUUUUUUUGAACUCCUCCCCGCAAUUUUAUCAAACCUUCCUGCUGGAAUAUCGUAUUUACAAACAAUUCAUUUCGCACAAAUCAUUAAAUCCGGACAUUUUCGUCGAUUUGAUUAUGGGGAAAGAAUUAAUAAAAAGAAAUAUGGUACAAAAACUCCUCCUGAUUAUGAUUUAAAAAAAAUUAGAGCUCCUAUGGCUAUAUUUUAUAGCGAUUACGAUUGGAUUUGUUCGACAAAAGUGUUAUGA